AUGGACCCAGUCAAGUACAUAUUUGAAAAGCCCGCUCUCACCAGACGGAUCGCUCGGUGGCAGGUUCUACUGUUAGAGUUUGACAUUGUUUAUGUCACUCAAAAGGCGAUAAAGGGAAGCACCUUGGCAGAUUACCUAGCUCAACAACCCAUCAAUGAUUACCAACCUAUGCAUUUGGAGUUCCUGGAUGAGGACAUCAUGACCUUGUUCGAGGAGGAGGUGGAGGAUGAAGAUAGGGACAAAUGGAUAGUAUGGUUCGAUGGCGCGUCCAACGCACUAGGCCAUGGAGUAGGGGUGGUUUUGCUUACCCCCGAUAAUCAAUGCAUACACUUCACGGCUAGAUUGGGCUUUGACUGCACAAACAACAUGGCCGAGUAUGAGGCGUGCACCCUUGGGAUCCAAGCAGCAAUCGACUUCAAGGUCAAAUUGCUCAAAAAACUGACCGAGUUCUUCAAUGACAUAUGCUUCCACCACAUUCCCAGAGAGGAAAAUCAAAUGGCCGAUGCACUUGCCAGUCUAGCAUCCAUGUUCCAGCUAACCCCGCAUGGGGACUUGCCGUACAUCGAAUUCAGAUGUCGCGGCAAACCUGCACAUUGCUGCUUAAUAGAAGAGGAACAAGAUGGUAAAUCGUGGUACUUCGAUAUCAAGCGAUACAUCAAAGACAAAGAGUACCCAUAG